AACAAGAUACCGAAAACACAAACGAAAAACAUUCUAAAACUGUUGUAUGUUAGGCUAAUUUUAUUGUACAUUGUACAGCUGGACAGAGCAAAGUCGUAUCGAAAACGAAAAAUAAGUUACGUUGUUUCAGGAAAAGCAAUAUCCACAGUGGCAAAAGAAAAAAAAUAAGUUGUAUUUGUAAAUGUCAAACACAGAGAAAAUAAUAGUGCAUUUGUGAUUGUAAUUCAGAAAUGUGUCUCUUGCAGUCCAGCCGAAAUAAAUACAAAUGCAGCUACGUCGUCGUUGAUCUCCUACUUUUAAGUGCAACACAAAGCAGACAAAAUAUCGAGCCGGUUACAGAAGCACAGAUUUCAUUCUUUUGGAUCACUGCAAAUUCACUUAACUGGGUCAUGGUCAGCGCAGAUUCACUUGAUCAGCUGAACCACCCAGAUAAAAUAGCUUGUCAUGUGAGGGGGCACCGCUCUUUGCACCGCCAAGUUAGUGGAGCUCUUUAAGGUGAUGUAUAGUUACUUCCGGCUUUAUGACCGCCGCUCCCCCACACUUUCCGCUAUGGCAGGAAAUUAUUAAAAUCCAACAUGGCUGCAUGUAGGAGAAAGAAAUAAACUUCUAGAAAAAUACAUGAAUAUAAUCGGGUUCUUUUCUUUGCUGGGAAAUACGUUAAGUUCAUCCACACCACACAAAUUUCUGCUAGUAGAAAGCUAAAAGUAAAUUUUACAGAAGAAUGUUUUUUUUCUCUUUUUCAAUCUUGAGCUGAGCCUGUAGUUAAUGUCUAGUUUGCUAACGUUAGCGACUCGAGCUACUUUGGCACUCCAUAAGACUCGCCCGUACAAGUAGUAGUUCUAGAUAUUUGUCCAGCUAGCUUUCGAAAGUGACGCUUAUAUAGCCAUUUCGAUCAUUUGUGGCGACAGACAGCCAGUUACUAAUUUAGCAAGCUCGUUAUCUGUAUAUCCAAGAUCGACAGUUUCAGUUAGUGUUGCGUUGUGUGGCUGGCUAACAGGUUUAUGGUGACAGAGCCAAGGAACAUCAAUAGACACAAAAAUAAACAGAAAUCAUACUAAAUCAAGGGGAUCUUUCGACUAGGAGUUGAACAUAUUCAUAGGAUUAUCAGGAAACAUGGACGCCAAACGAAGUACCGGGAAGUCGCAUGAAAACAGCAGUAGCGGCGAUUCCAGCGGCAACAGUCCUGGUUCACCUGCCAGUCCGGCGGAGAUGGGAAAGGCGACCGGAGGCAACGCGUUCGCCAACGACGGCAGCUUCAUGGAGAUGUUCAAGAAAAAAAUGGAGGAAGAGAGACGGAAAAGGGAGAUGGAACAAGGACAGAAUAAUAAGAACACUACGGAGGAGGGGCAGUCGUCACAGGAAAAGAAGACAUUUAGCGUGACAAGCUUUGUGGGCAAGCGGAGAGGAGGUGCCAAGCUAGCCCUCAAGACUGGAAUGGUUGCCAAGAAGCAGAAAUUGGAGCCUGAGGUCGAGGCUGGUAAAGGAGAUGCUUGGACUAAAUAUAUGGCGGAGGUCAAAAAGUAUAAAGCUCACCAGUGUGGCGAUGAUGACAAAACCAGGCCUCUGGUGAAAUAAACUGUCUCCUUACUACCCCUUCUCCGUCCCUGUACAGGGUACCUGCGUUUGGCCAGGACUCCUACCUCCUGCCUUUGCAGGUGGUGGGGUCAGCUGUGACUGUUCUUAUUAAAUGACCUGGCUUUCAGUUUCAUCACAACAGACAAGAGCAAACAGACAACCAAUAUUUCAUACGUGUUUCACUGAGCAUACGUAUUGAGUGUACAUGGAAAUUAAAAAAAAAAAAAUCUUGACAGUUUUUUCUGAAUCAUUUAGCAUUAAUAGGGAAUUAUAUUAUUGUCAUAACUGUUUCAUCUGAAUUGUG